GCUUCACAUCACACACACCUCAAGCAUUUGCAUCAAGAAAGAUAUGGCGUCCAAACCUGGCAUUCUCACUGAUUGGCCAUGGAAACCUCUUGGAAGUUUUAAGUGGGUGAUUUUGACACCAUGGAUAGCACACAGCACCUACUCUUUCAUAACGAAGGAUGAAAAUGAAAGAGACAUUGGAUACUUUCUAAUAUUUCCAUAUAUGAUGGUGAGAAUGCUCCAUGAUCAAGCUUGGAUCACUCUUUCUCGCCACAGAACCUCCAUAGGCAAAACCAGAAUCCUUGACAAAGGAAUUGAGUUUGAACAAGUUGAUCGAGAAAGCAAUUGGGAUGAUCAGAUAUUGUUGAAUGGGUUAUUAUUCUACAUAGGUUACAUGUUGGUUCCAGAAGGUUCUCACCUACCAAUAUGGAAAACAGAUGGUGUUAUUAUUACAACUCUGUUGCAUGCUGGACCUGUUGAGUUUCUUUAUUAUUGGUUGCAUAGGGCACUCCAUCACCAUUUUCUCUAUUCCAGAUACCAUUCUCAUCACCAUUCCUCCAUUGUCACAGAACCCAUCACUUCUGUGAUCCAUCCAUUUGCAGAACACAUAGCAUAUUUUGUGUUAUUUGCAAUUCCACUUUACACAACAGUGAUUACAAGGACAGCUUCCAUUGCAUCCUUCGCUGGCUAUUUGGCCUACAUUGACUUUAUGAACAAUAUGGGUCAUUGCAACUUUGAGUUCAUUCCAACCACCCUUUUCUCCUUCUUUCCCUUCCUCAAAUUUCUCAUCUAUACUCCCUCGUUCCACUCAUUGCACCACACACAAUUCAGAACUAAUUACUCACUUUUCAUGCCAAUUUAUGAUUACGUGUAUGGAACAAUGGACAAGAGUUCAGACAAAACAUAUGAAAUGUCACUGAAGAGAGAAGAAGGUUCAGUAGAUGUGGUGCACCUAACACACCUUACAACCCCAGAAUCAAUAUAUUAUCUUAGGUUGGGGUUUUCUUCAUUAGCAUCCACACCACAAUCUUCAAAAUGGUACCUCUAUUUGCUGUGGCCACUCACACUUUGGACUUCUUUCAUGACUUGGUUUUAUGGCAAAACAUUUGUUUUGGAGAGGAACAAUUUCAAAAUGCUCAAUUUGCAAUCUUGGGUUAUACCAAGAUUCCAUGUUCAAGGAGAUAAGCUUAAUAAACUUGGUGAGGUUUACAUAAAGAGCUAUCCGCAGCUUAAGAUAAAGAUUGUUGAUGGAAGUAGCUUAGUUGUGGCUAUUGUUCUUAAUAACAUUCCCAAAGAAACAACUCAAGUCCUUCUUUCUGGUAAACUUACCAAGAUUUCAUAUGCUAUUGUCAAUGCUUUAUGUGAAAGGGGUACCAAGGUUACAACAAUGUACAAGGAUGAUUAUGAUAAUCUUCAAUCAAAGCUCUGCUCUGAGUCCAAAAAGAAUUUGGUUUUCCCAGGAUCCUACACUGCAGAGAUAUGGUUAGUAGGAGAUCAAAUUAACGAGGCUGAACAGAAGAAGGCACCAAAAGGAACAUUGUUCAUACCUUUUACACAAUUUCCUCCAAAGAAACUUCGCAAAGAUUGUUUCUAUCAUACCACACCAUCCAUGCUGGCUCCCUCUUCUUUAGUUAACGUACAUUCCUGUGAGAAUUGGUUGCCAAGAAGGGUGAUGAGUGCAUGGCGUAUUGCAGGGAUAUUGCAUGCUUUAGAAGAAUGGAAUGUUAAUGAGUGUGGAGAUGCUAUGUUUAGCAUUGAGAAAAUAUGGCAAGCAAGUAUUCAUCAUGGGUUUAGGCCAUUGAAAAUAAAUCCUCUUAUUAAAGCUUAAAUAAUUAAUAAUUAAUAUUUUUUAUGUGAC